AUGGAGGUGUGUUUCCGGGAAAAUACGCAAAAGAUGAGAUCUGCACAGUACCCAACCCCAGCAGAAUUGGAUGCAUAUGCUAAGAAAGUUGCCAACAAUCCACUCACCAUAAAAAUCUUUCCAAAUAGUGUCAAAGUACCACAAAGAAAACACCUUCGUCGUACGGUGAACGGUUUGGAUACUUUGGGCCAGCGAUUCAGUCCCUACCCAUCUCAGGCUAGCUCGAACCGUGGUUUACUUGCAAUUGUCAAGCUGCCCACGAAGAGGAUUGUGAAAGACUUUGACGGAACCCGAGCAAGGUUACUGCCCGACAUGAACCCCCCGUCUGCUCCCUAUGCUGCACCUAGCACUUUAUCCCACCCGCAAAACAUGCUGCUACAACCGGGUUUACAUGGAUACCGGAAGAUGCGCCCGGACGGGGAUGCCCCUCCCAAUGUCACGGUGUCUACCUCAACUAUUCCACUCUCCAUGGCUGCUAACUUGCAGCAGAACAGGCCCUCUGACUUAAACAGCAUUGUGCACCAGAUAUACCAGAUGUGCCAGGCCAGUGCGGGCCUUACCACUACCUCAGUCUGUGAGGGACAGAUCGCCAACCCCAGCCCCAUCAGCCGCAAUGUGUUGAUUCACGCUAGCACUAGGGUGUCUGGUCAUGGGGUGCCAGGUCACCUGCCCCCCUGCAUUGUGAACCCGGGGGACCCAGCCAUCGCCAUGACAGCCAUUGCCCCUGGCAGCAUUGCCAUGGGCAAUAUGAACAGGAUGCAGGCAGCCUACCAGAAUGACAUAGAUUCUGCUACAUGGCACCAGCACCAGUUGGCACAGUUGCAACAUCUGACUAGAGACACUGGCACUGGGCAUCCCAACAAGUUCCACAGAGAGAUUUCUGCUGCAGGGUUGACUAGCAAGACGUUGAGUUACCCUGCCGAGCUGUACCUGGGCCAGCCUUAUAAUCUGAGAGUUCCUGGUGAUAAAUUGUCGCCAUCUCCCCCAGUCAAUGGAAUCCAGGGGGCUUUGCCAUAUUCCAAUGGGCAGUACUUCCAGCCAAUAUGGAACAAUAUCCUUCCGACUCCCAACAGCGACAGCUCUGGGUCCCAGGACCUGGGCAUGGUGUUUCAUGGAGGAGCCUCUGGCCCAGUGGACUGUGUGGCGGGGACUCCUCUUCGAGCUGGAGCUGGUUCCUCCAGCCAAAGCAAUGUCCUGCAGACUGUGGAUUACCUGGGUGGGGACUACCAGAACUCCUGCUUUAGGGACCAGACUAUGGGCAUGUUGGGGAAAAUCCACAGGCCCCCUGUCAGCCGAGGUCCAGAACCAAAUCUUCAUCAGAAUGGUCAUGUUCAUCACCCUGUGUACAGAUGAACUGAGUUCAAGUAACUGUGGUGCUCUAGUUAGUCUUAACAGCAAUUUUUGAUUAUGUUUUGUGUUAAUGUCUUUGAUUGCCAAACUUGUCAGUUUUUUCUCUCUCUCUCUCUCUCUCUCUCUCUCUCUCUCUCUCUCUCUCUCUCUCUCUCUCUCUCUCUCUCUCGUUUGGAAAACUUCUUUUGCAGGUCGCCUUUUUUUCCUUCUGUUGUCUCUUUGUGAGGAAGGGUAUUUCCACAAGAUUGAAGUCUGUGUUUAACCACCACCUUGAUGUGUGAUUAGAAACUGGUUUCAGUGACAGGAUUAGAGGGAAGGGAAAGAAUGCAAAACAGAUGUAAUCUCUCCAAAGAACAUCUGCAGUUCCAGAAUCUGUGUUGAAGGGAGGGGUGUGAAGAGCUGUUGGCAGCUACUGAAUUAUCUGGCUUGUGUCCAUGUGUCACUCACGGGCAUUCAGUGCUUUAGUGUAAGGCCCCGCAGUUGUUGAGAUGUUGGAGCCCCUUAGGAUGUGGCUUGUGUGUGCACUCAACGUUUCUUUAGUGAUUCCCAACUCCCUCUCUCUUUCGACUUGUAUCGCCUUGUGCUGCUGCUUUGUUGCAGGCUUUGUGAUCUCUGAACUACAGAGUUCUCUUUUUUUUUUAACCUGGAUAGAUCCAUUUUCAAAGUUGUCACUGGGAGGAAAAGUUCACUCUUAUAGCUGAAAAAGUGGCAAGUUGAAAAUUCAUUUAAAUCUACAGAGCUGUUUGGUUUUCCCUGUAAUUUUGGAUGAAAAUCGGCCUCCUUUUUAAAGCAAAGUGAAGAGCCAUCACUGUCGAUUUAAGUACAGAGAGUUUUAUGAUUUUUAUUUGCUAAGUGUAGCACUGUUCAUCCCCAUCUCUAUCAGCCAGCUCCCUUUUAUCUGGCGAGCUUGCUGCAGAGCCCUGAGGUUGGCGAUUUUUGUAGUUGAGAAUGAAGUGGGGGCAGCAAGUUCCGUCACACCAGUGAAGUCCCCAAAUUGUGUGGUGUGAUCUAAUCCAAGAUGUGCUUUGAGGCAAGUGCACCCAUUACCUCAACUGGUAAACAUCUGUUGGGUGUUUGAAAUAAUUAUUUGCACACUGUUGUUCAGUGCAUGCUGUCGGAUCUGAGGUUUUAGGGGAAAAAAAUGUAUUUAUUCAUCCUGAAAGAUUUGACGUAGAUAAUCCAAAAUAAGAAUGUGGUGCUGGAAAGGCACAGCAGGUCAGGCAGCAUCUGAGGAGCAGGAGAAUCGACAUUUCAGGCAUAAGCCCUUCAUCAGCCCUGACUAAGGUCUUAUGGCCAAAAUGUCUAUUCUCCAGCACCUCUGCCUGACGUGUACUUUUCCAGCACCACACUCUCCAUUCCGAUCUCCAGCAUCUGCAGUACUCACUUUAUUAAUCCUAAAUAACAUGAAGGUACCAGUUUUAGUUUGAAGUUAAAGCCCAGAUGUCUGUCUCUCACUCCAAACCUUGAGAUCAGACUUGCUAAGCUUUUGCCCGAAAUGUCAGUUAUUCUGCUGCUCGGAUGCUGCCUGACCUGCUGUGCUUUUCCUGCAACACACUCAUGCCUAUUCAAAGCCCUUGCUCCUGAUUCAUUUGUCUGUGUAGGUUUAGAAAUAUUUGCUUUUAAGAACUGCAGUGCUUAGGGUGGCUGGGAUGAAAUUUAAUUUGCAGCUUGUAUGUUUGCACUAAGUGACCAAAAACUCUUUUUAAAAAAAAAAUACAGUUGGUUCACUCAUGUCCUGUUGGACAGAGGCCUGUUGUUAUCAGAUUUGUCCCUGUUUGCAGUUUUGGCUUCAUGUGUCACUCAAUAGCAUCUCAAAUUACCAGAAAGAAUAAAGUCUUUUGGAGGAACGCUACUGUCAGAUACUUGAGGAUUGACAGUAAAUGCUGGCCUUGCUGGUGGUAAUCACAUGAAAAUGAUUUGUUUGGGCAAAAUGCCCAAUUUUAUUAAAUGGGGGUCAUGCGUGGAGUCAGCAACAGACUGGGGUGUGAAACUUGUCUCGAGGAAGGGAUUUACCUUAAGUUUGACUUCUCCCCCAGGGCACACACCACCAGAUACAAAGAUGCUAGGUUGUAUUGCUGGUCACUAGCUGUCCUGGGGUAACUUUAAGCAGAUCUCCAGUCCUGUUUGCUCUCCACUGACACCUGCUGGUAAGUCCUUGUGCAUGCCGAAAGAAUCAGUGUCUACAGCGAUGUACAAUGUCAAAUGAUAUGAACCUGAAGGCACUGUUCUAGUGCGGCGAUAGUGUCCCUCUGACCCAGAAGGCCUGAGUUUGAGUCCCCCCUGCUGCAGAGGUGUGUCUGAGCAGGUUAAUUAGAAUAUACCUAUGGCACUUGCUAUCUGACCCAACACUAGGAGAAGGAACUGAUGGCAAAAAGAUGCCAGAGGAAUGUUAAACACUAGUACAGUUAUCUCAAAAUAAAUCUAAUUGGUUUUCAGAGAAUUAGAGGGGAGGAAAUUGAAAAGAUUCCCUUAAACUCUGGAAUCAUGAGUUCCUUUUCACUGCAGAAAAUAUUUGAUUUUGUUUCCCUACUCUAUCAACUAAAUGGGUCGUUCUUAAUAAUCUAUUUAUGCAGCUGCUAUUUCUGACCAUCAAACCGACCUUUGGAAUACACUUUGUGACUUUCAUAUGCAUGAAAUACUUUUCAUACUACGCGACCUGGAAGGCUUGGUGUUUUUAUCCUGCUGCUCCUUGAAAACAAAGGCCUUUUAUCUGCAAUUAAAAUGAUUUGAUAAGUUUGGCAACAAAUGCAUUGAAUGCAGUUUUACUUUUCCAUACACUGGCUGAAUAUUGCUAUACUACUGUAACUUAAAGAAAGUGUAAUAAUUCUGUAUGAAUGUUGCCUGUUAGUGAGGGUCUGAGUAGCAACAUUUGUGUACGAGUGAUGCUGUUGACAUCUGUAAGUCAUUGGUCUCCCUCAAAAGCCCAUUGAAAAGCCUUAAGUCUUUGCUCCCUUCAGAGCUCUUACAAUGGUUUGGAAUUAGAAAGAUGGCAUCAUUUUUAGCACAAAGCUAUUGGUGGGUAACAAUUCUCAAGAGGUUCUCUUAAGCAACAGAAAAAGUAGACAAUAUUUUAUUUAAUAUUUUUAGAUGUGUGUAGUUCAGGGCUUAAAGAAUUUGUUUUCCCCCUCAGCCCACAGCCUUUCAGGGCUUCAAAGCUUUACUGGUGUUGAUUAGAUAUGCGAUUAAAUGUUUUGUGACUGGAGUCACUGUUAAAGCUCAGUCAGGUUAUCAUUUAAGAGUCCUGCAAUAUUAAGGCUGUCAGUGAACCUAUAAUGGUGCCUGUUGGAAUACUUCACAAUGUCCAUGGAUGGUGGCUGUUUAGUAACUGUGUGGCAUAUUCUGUUAUUACCUUUUGCGUGCUGACUUCUCACCCCCUCCACCCCAACAUGCACGCGCACUGAGGAAAAUGAGAAGUAACACUUUUUUUUUUCUCCGAAACCAUUUUUGAACACUUCCCUCCUGUGAAAUGAGCAUUGUAGGAAAAAAUCAGUUUCAUAAAUUUUGAAAAACUAGAUUAAUAGCCACUUCAUAAAAGAACAGCUCAAUAGAUAAAAUUUGAUAAAAAUUUUGUUUUUGGGUUCUUCAUGCUCAUUUGUUUUGUAUCUGCAUGUCAAUAAAACCAGAGCUGCUGGUUCUUGAACUGUUCAAGUUCUGUUUUCAGCCUGUGUAUUCAGUUAAUUCAAUCUGAGAAAUCAUGGCUGCAGUCGUUCAAUACCAUCACUGAUACAGUCCUAUUCUCUGCCAAGUUGGAUAACUUUUAGAACAGAAUUUAAUGGAGCUCCGUUUUCUAGCUGUUGGAAGACUUUUAGACUUUGUGAUUGGUUGAAAUGGUAGAAUAUCUGUUUUACCCAUUAGAUUCAGUGUUGUCACUAGAUUUCAAUAUCUAAUAACUUUCUCUGAAACUUUCCAAUGCCCAUUACCCAAAUGCACGGUGACCUUAUGCCAUCGCAAAUUUUCAUUGUGGCUGCCAAGUGUUUUGAACUGUGAAGACUGGCCUUUAAAAGUCAUUCGCAGGUUUUAGUGGCAAUUCUUUAUUCAACUGGUUGGUGAGGGGCACUGUCUUUUUCCACGUCCCUUUUUGUUUUUUGCAUCAAUAUGCUAAAAUAUUCUGGCAAAGAGCACAGAAAUGACCAUGUUCUUUUGGGUUUGGUAGUCAGUAGGGCUGAAGUUUGAUCGGAAGCAGGGCUAUUAAAAUAAUAGUGGGUGUUUUUGAUGACUGUCUCAUAAUGGGUGGGAGGUUGCUUCACUACACACCAGGCAAAGUUGAACUUGUAAUGCCGACCAAGCAUCUGAGCAUCCUAUUUAAUUGAUUUUUAUCACCAGUGUAAUAAUGACUAUAGGUAAAUGUGUGGCCUUGCUGUAGAAAUCCGUUUUACUCCAAACCAGUAUUUUGCAGCAUUUACAGUUGUGACCUACUAAAGUAGCUCAAGUGCCAUCCAGUGUUUUUGAUUUUUGACUAAGAAACCUUAGUGACAGAUUUUCAAAUUGGUUUGUGAGCGAUAUUCAAUGGGGAACGAAUUGCUGUCUCUAAUUUGUGUCCUAGGUGUCAUACACUUAACAACAGACCUUUCUGAGAUUGUGAAUCUCAGCAGAGAGGGUGUGCUGUGAUGCCACCCAGGGUUUUAAUGUUGCUGGAAAUGUGAAAUCCUUUAUUGCACGAAAUUUUUCCUCCAGGAUUUCAGUAAAGUUGAGCAAUAGUUCUGUGAAGUUGAACUAAUCUGCCAACUUCCACUUUGAAGAAAGCAGUGCGCAUUGAACUUCCAGGUAUUACUUUUUCAAGCUUCAAGUGUCCAGAGCUGGUGUUGACAAUUUAUAGAUGUAUUACUGGCAGAGGCAGGGCAGUUUGAGGUGAUGGAACAAAGUGUGUCAAAUCCCAAGCGUAUUUAUUGAAUGUGUUUUCUAUAGUUUGAAUGGUUUCAGUAUCCAGUGACCACACUGCGAUGGAACCUGUGCCUCUUCUGAUAAUUUAUGAAGCCUCUUAGUGUGUUUUUGUUUGAACUGCCCUGUGCUAAUUCUAAUGAACGUGUAUUUUUUUCUUUGCUGCAAUGUGAAAAGGGUACCUCCACAGAGCUCAGCUGAAUAAUGUAUUUGCCCACUGUGGAGGAGACUGCUGCUGUAUUCCUGAAACAAAAGAUUAAAUAUAAGCUGCUUUUUAAAUGUGCUUACGGGUAAACUCCUUCUGGCUGCAGAAGGUGUUGCAGUUGGCGGAGUUACUGAUGAAAAGCUGCACCUGAUGGACCCCUAGCCAGGGCUAGGACAUGUUUGGAGUAGAUGUGCACAGGUGGACUUUGAUAGACAAAGGCUGUGGCCUCCACCUGUAGAGUGCCAAUUUCUGAAGCUGAGCCACUACUGUGAGAACCCUUAUCUAAAAGGAGGUGACACCUUUUUUCAUUUUUUAGCAUUUCUACCCCCAUGUUCUUGUGCAAAUAUAAAGAAAUAUUUUGUGUGAAGUACUUUGUUCCCUUGCCUUCUAAUAGUUUCCUUGUAAACCAAACUCUGCAUCUUUCAGACUUUGUGCAGCCCAGUCCAGCUCCUCCUCAUACAAUCUGGGAUCUCCUGUUGCACUAAGAUGCUGACCUCGCUGUGCCACUGCAUUUUUAAAAAUCAUCUACUCAUUCAACGGUGUGUUUUACCACUGACUGAUCUUGGUGAGCAGUGUUUGGGAUUAUGUCAUCCAGCUGACCUGAGCUACGUCAACUCACCAAUUGCUACCUGUUCUUGCACCUGGACACUGAACAUCUAUCAAGUGUUUUUAAAAAGACUUAUCCCAUUAAAAUGGGAUAUAGGGCAGCUAAGUGGUUAGCACUGCUGCCUCACAGCAUCAGGACCCAGGUUCGAUUCCAGCUUUGGUGACUGGUCUGUGUGGAGUUUGCUUAUUCUCCCUGUGUCUGCAUGGGUUUCCUCCUACAGUCACACAGAUGUGGCGGGUUAGGGUGGGUUUGCCAUGCUAAAUUGCCCAUAGUGGUAGGUGCAUUAGCCAGAGGUAAAUGUAGGGUAGGGGAAUGGGUCUGGGUGAGUUACUCUUCAGAAGGUCAGUGUGGACUUAACGGGCUAAAUGGCUUGUUUCCAUGCUGUAGGUAAUCUCAUCCAACAAUGUUUUUACCAAUCUGAGAAUUCUUUUUUAAAUUGCUUGAGUUCAAGUGAUAUACUUAUCAGCAAUCCCUCCACCAAAACGCAUCCUUAUUUUUCUCUGUCCUUCAUGCCCAGAGGUUUGUGUAUGUGCUUUAGUUUCUCUACCCCUGCACUGUCCUGGUUGGCUAGGUGUGCAGAGAAUACAGCCUGUCCAUUUCUAGGUAACCCUGCUGUCAGCAGAGGUGUGGAUAGUGGCAGCUCUCUUUUGGACUCCUCCCCAGCCUCCAGUGGCAAAGCUGUUCCUCCUGCUGGACUAGAAGUUAGCUAAUGUGUUGACAGCUUGAAUAACCAUUGAAGCUCUGUUAAUGACUCUGUCCAAGACACUUAACUCUAGUGCUGGGGCUGAACCAGUAUUAAUUAACAGGAGUGAUUGUAGAGUACCAAUUUCUUGUUCCGUUGCCACACUGAGAAACGGAGUCUAACCAAAGGUACCAAUGGGAAGGAUAAUGCAACAAUUGGCACUUCCACACACGUGUCCCUAUUGGCAUCCUUUGGUAUCUUAUUUGAAGAAAUGGUCACUGUCUGAUGCUGAUCUUUGAAACUUCACAAUGUAUGACCUAGCUUCUUAAAUUUGUAGAAGUAAAAUCGAGAGGCUUUAAAAAUUUCUAAUUUUCCCUCCAUGUCGGGAAAAGCUCAACACUAACUGGUAAAUGUUUUACAAUGUUUUCGGAAGUGGAAAUGUGGAUGGUGAGCAGUUCUUGCUGUUGGAGGAUAUAUCAAAUUCAAUAUGAAAACUCUGUAUACUAUUGUAGAACUACAUUUUGAAGAAUAAAAAAAUUUGCACAUCUAAACAGAA